CAUCAGUCAGCCAGUUACCUACGUACGUACGUCGAAACUGAAGCGAGAAACAAGCGAUCGAGAAAAUGGUCUCUCUCUCUGACUCGCUGUCCCGUUUACUCUCUUCCUUUCCCCAAUUAAACCGUCACCUUCGGGGGAAAGCAGCUUCACACAAUUAAGAGACAAGAACAAAUAGAGAUCAGAUCAAAUCAGAACAGAACAGAACAGAACAGAACAGCAGCCAAAACUAACCAUCACCAGCCAUUCUUGAUAAUGCCCUAAUUCCUCAUCACCACUCUACCUAUAAUAAUCCCAUCCAUCAUUUCCUACAUUUCAAACUAAACCCUCUACUUAAUCAGCAUUCGAAACGUAACUAGAUCUCGAAUCCCACUUGUUCAUUAACUCUUCUUCUUCUUCUUCGUUUCUUGAUCCAUAUUGUUAACCCUCACUUUCUAACCAUAAUCUCGACCAGCUAGAAAUCAAAUCAGAACCCCCGAAAAAGCCAAAAAAAAAAAAAAAAAAAAAAGAGAAAAAAGCCAAAAUGGUUGACACCAUGUUCGUUCGUACUGUUGUCGGCAUCAUUGGAAAUGUCAUCUCCUUCUUCCUGUUUCUAUCCCCACUGCCAACGUUCGUGCAGAUAAUCAAACAGAAAGCGGUGCAGGAUUUCAAGGCUGAUCCGUACGUGAUGACGCUGCUGAACUGCGCGAUGUGGAGUUUGUACGGGAUGCCGUUCGUAAAACCGGACAGCUUACUCGUGGUAACCAUCAACGGCUUCGGUUUCUUCUUGGAGUUGAUCUACGUGGCCAUCUUCCUCAUCUUCUCUCCCUGGGUUAAGCGAGAUAUAAUAAUAAUAAUAAUAAUAAUAAUAAUAAUAAUAAUAAUGCAGAGGAAGCUGAUCAUAACGUUGCUGGUGGAAACGGCCUUCUUCAUUGGAGUGUUGCUCAUCACGUUGCUCGUCUUCCACGCUCCUCCGAAGAGGGCCAUGUUCGUCGGCCUCCUCUGCAUCGUCUUCAACGUCAUUAUGUACGCUUCUCCCUUGACCGUCGUGAAAAUGGUGAUCAAGACGAAGAGCGUAAAGUACAUGCCCUUCUUCCUUUCCUUGGCUGGGUUCUGCAAUGGAAUCGUUUGGACUAUCUAUGCCCUCCUAAAAUUCGACGUUAACAUUCUGAUACCGAAUGGUCUGGGAUCGCUGUUUGCGUUGCUACAGCUGGUAUUGUACGCGAUCUACUACAGAACGACGAAUUGGGACGACGAUGACGAUCAACCACCUCGUGGCGGCCAUCAGGAGGAGUUCUCCGAGAUUCAGCUCUCCAGUAAGGUUUAGGAGAAGUAUUAUAUGCGCCAGCAAAACCAAAUUCAUAAUAAUGUGGGAUCUUCUUCUUCUUCUUCCCCAUUGGAGCAUUUGUUUUCAGCAAUUCCUUCUUUGUUUAUUGUUUCUACUUCGUUUCUCUUUUGCUUGCUUUUGUUCAAUUUGGAAAGGAGAAAAGAAAAGAAAAGAAAAAACAGGGGACAUACAAUACAAACAAGAUAUGGAGAGUUAAAGAAGAAAUUGCAGCAGGAAAAAAAAGGAAAGAAAAACAGCAUCAUAAUCGAGUUGGUUCGGAUCAGAGAAGAUUAUAUGUUAUUAGUUUUGGUUUUUGUUGUUGUAGUUAAGAUGAGUUUUAGGGGGCUAGCUAACAAAUAAAAAAUGACACCAAUGACUUCCAUUGUACUGUCACAGAAAAUGCAGCAUUCAGCAUUGUUUACUUUGUUAGUACUGUAUUGCUUGUUUUGUAUCUACAACAAAUUUUAUGCAAGUAAAUGGAAACAAAAAAAAAAGUGC